CUUCAUAUCUCGAAAACAGCCAAAAUGUCGUACAACAUCGCCGGCAAGGCCAUCAAGAACGAGUACAUGUGAGUGUGGGAGGUGGUUCGGCUAGAUUCGGAGUUGUGGUCCGAGAUUCAGAGCCGAGGCGCUGGCUCGGAGCACCAGGAUUAGCGCCAGCGAGCGCGCGCGACGGCGAUGCCGGGAAAUGAGGCUCAUUGGAGCGGGCAGCGGGUGUCCCGCUACGCUUGCUCGGUCCUCAGAUGCGCAUCGCCAUUAUCGCGAUCCGACCCCGGCCAUCUCGCACCACGCUCGAGCCAAGAUCCAUACUGAUGCCAGCGCCAUCGGCACGAUCCUCUCGACGAUCGGCAUUGCCGUGGCUGCCUCGGGCGGCGGCGACAAGAAGGCUGCGUCGACCUCGGCCCCUCCCCCUGUCAAGGAGGACUCUUCGAUCAACACUGGCAACUCGGAGGAGGACGAGUUCAUCCGCUCAUUCGUUGCUGAGGCUGAGAAGGAGGGCUCGCACUAGAAACAAGUUGAUGCAUAAGCAUAGCAGCCGG